CUUUACAUCAGUAGCCUCCUUUCUAGUUGCCUCUACGAACUUAAGUUUUUCUCUAUCAUGGCUUCCAACUAUAUCACCAACGUUGCCAUCGUCGGAGCCGGUGGCAACAGUGGUAGCUUCAUGGCCGAAGCUCUCCUAAAGACCGGCAAACACACUGUUACCGCUCUCACGAGAGAAGGUAGCACGACCAAGCUCCCAGAAGGAGUGAUCUCCAAGCCCAUCGACUAUAGCAAGACCGAGACUAUUGUAGAGGCCUUGAAAGGCCAAGAAGCUCUGAUCAUCACACUCCCCGGUCAGGCUCCUGAAGGAACUGAGCUGAACUUGGUCACUGCCGCUGCUGAGGCGGGCGUGAAGUGGAUCUUGAACGACUGGUGCCCGGAUACCCAGAAUGAGGAGUUGGUUGCGGAUGUUCCUAUUUUCCAGCCUAAAGUGGCUAUCCGCAAGGCGAUUGCCGAACUUGGAAAGAGUAACUAUAUCAGUAUCUCGACUGGGUUCUGGUAUGAAUGGAGUUUGGCAAUUCCGGCCGCUUUUGGCAUUGACUUGCUCAAUCGUACUGCCGUACUCUUCGAUGAAGGUGAUGUCAAGAUCACGACAUCCACCUGGCCCCAGGUUGGUCGGGCCGUGGCUGGUAUCUUGAGUCUACCAAUCAAGGCCGAGGGCUCCGAGGCUUGUCUCGAAAACCUCAAGAAUGAGGUCGUAUAUAUCAAGUCUUUCACUGUCAGCCAGAAGGACAUGCUGGAGUCCGUCUACCGGGUGACUGGUACCAAGGAAGCAGACUGGACCAUCACCAAGGAGUCUUCCAGUGAGCGGUUUGCCAAGGGUACGCAGGAGAUGUACGGGGGAAGUCGUGAGGGAUUUGCAAAGAUGCUGUAUACUCGGGUGUUCUAUCCGGAUGGUUGCGGUGAUAUCGAGCACAAGGGUACUAUUAAUGACCUGCUCGGUUUGCCGACGGAGGAUAUCGAUGCAGCGACGUGGGUUGCUUUGGACCGAGCUAAGUUCGUUCCCUGGCACUGAAGGGCCAAUAGCUCAAUAGACCAG